CAGUAUUUAUUAGCUAAAACAGAUGUCAAAAAAGAUAAUUGUAUGUUAAAUUCUAAAUCUACAUAACAAAGAGUAUCGAUCUCCACCAGGAAACAGCUGCAUUCGCAACGUAAACCUGACCAGGCCAGAGUACAGUCAUAGCGUCUUCUGACAACAGCUUUCCCUGAUUUACUAAGAUUAAACAAUGUGUGACGAAGAAGAUUUAGUAUAUGAGGUACAUGAGAUUGUUGUGCAAAAAGUCGGGAAAGUUCCAGUAGCUAAAGGUGAUUUCAGCCAUCUCCCAAAGAAAGUGAAAAUAUUUCUUGCUCAUUGUGUCCAAUUGUGUGGCCCUCGUGGUAUUUACAUUUGUGAUGGCAGCCAAGAAGAAGCAGAUGAAAUUAUCCAUAAACUACUAGAAAGAGGCACUCUUACAAGACUCACAAAAUACCCAAAUAGUUACUUGUGCCGCACUGAUCCUGAUGAUGUGGCCCGUGUGGAGUCAAAAACAUUCAUUGUUACACCUAACAAGUAUGAUUCAGUGCCCCAUGUCCGUGAAGGAGUCAAAGGCACAAUGGGUUGCUGGAUGAGCCCAGAAGACAUGAAAAAAGAGCUUGAUGAUCGUUUUCCUGGAUGCAUGGCUGGUCGUAUGAUGUACGUCAUCCCUUUUUGCAUGGGACCACUCGGCUCACCCCUCAGCAAGAUUGGUGUACAAGUCACAGAUUCCAACUAUGUCUUGCUGUGUAUGCGUAUAAUGACUCGUGUGUCUCCUAAAGUGUGGGAGCUUUUGGGAGAUCAAGAUUUCGUCAAAUGUAUUCACUCCAUGGGAUGCCCAAGACCUGUCCAGAGACGUGUGAAGAACCAUUGGCCAUGCAAUCCAGAAAAAGUUAUCAUUGCUCACUUCCCAGAAGAAAGGAAAAUCAAAUCAUUUGGCAGUGGCUAUGGUGGCAACUCUUUACUUGGAAAGAAAUGCUUUGCUUUGCGUAUUGCCAGUGUGAUUGCCAGAGAUGAGGGCUGGAUGGCUGAACACAUGUUGAUAAUGUGUAUCACCACACCCAGAAAAACAGAGCAUUUUGUAGCUGCUGCAUUCCCCAGUGCUUGUGGCAAGACAAACUUGGCUAUGUUGAACCCUGGAUUACCUGGAUUUAAAAUUCAGUGUAUUGGUGAUGAUAUUGCCUGGAUGAAGUUUGAUGAGAAUGGUGUUCUUCAUGGCAUCAAUCCUGAAGCUGGCUUCUUUGGUGUUGCCCCUGGCACCAACAUGAAGACUAACCCUAAUGCCAUGCUAUCCUUCCAGUCCAACAGCAUCUUUACAAACGUUGCAGAGACUGCAGAUGGAGGCUAUUUCUGGGAAGGUCUGGAAGAUGAGGUCACUCCAGGUAUUGGUAUCAAAACCUGGUUGGGACAGCCAUGGCAUGUUGGCUGUGGAGGAAAAGCAGCCCAUCCAAACUCAAGAUUUACUGCCCCUGCAUCUCAGUGUCCCAUCAUGCAUCCUAGAUGGGAAGAUCCCAAAGGUGUGCCAAUCAGUGCCAUUAUCUUUGGAGGACGUCGUCCCACAGGUGUGCCACUUGUGUUUGAGGCCAAGAGCUGGGCUCAUGGUGUGAUGAUUGGAGCAUGUGUCAAGUCUGAAGCCACAGCUGCUGCGGAAUUUCAGGGAAAAACUAUUAUGCAUGAUCCAAUGGCCAUGAGACCUUUCAUGGGUUACAACUUUGGUCACUAUCUGCAACAUUGGCUGGACCUUGAGCAGCCUGGACGCAAAAUGCCUAAAAUUUUCCAUGUGAACUGGUUCCGCUUGGAUGAACAUGGCAAAUUUUUGUGGCCAGGUUUUGGUGAAAAUAUCCGUGUUCUUGACUGGAUCCUAAAGAGAGUUGAAGGAGAUAACACCAUUGCUGUCAGUUCUCCAGUUGGAUGGAUCCCUAAGAAAGGAUCCAUUGACAUGUCUGGUUUGGGAAAUAUCAACGAGGACGAACUGUUCAGUCUACCUUCUCACUACUGGCUGGAUGAUUCAAGAGAAAGUAAACGUUUCUUGGAAGACCAGGUUGGCUCUGACUGUCCACCAAUUAUCAUGAAACUUCUGGAUGAACAGGAAGCAGCAUUCGGCAAAUUGCAGUAGGAGGAUUUGAGCCGUGGACCGUGUGUGUGUUCAGUAAAACAUCGCUGUUACACUUGUCUUGCCCCAGCGAAAAAAUUUCCACCCUUGUGAUGAGCACAUUUAUUUAACGGUAGAGAAGUUGUGUUGAGGCUUUGUUUUUUUUCAUUUUAAUCCAAGCUGACUGAACAUACAACUGAGUUGAUGUGCUCCUAUCUUUUUAUUCUAUGACCAAAUAAUUGAAUGCUAUUAUAGGAUGUGCUGUUUCUUCAGCUGUAUUGCAUUUUUUUGCAAAGAUAUCAAUCACAACAGUGUGACAUUAGUUUGAUGACAUUGUUUAAUGUAUUAGACAAUUUUAAGUUCGUAUAUUAGAAUUUAGAGGAGUUUGUUCUAUAUUCUGUGUACAUUUGUGUUAAUCACCAAACAAAAAGAUAUUGUGGCCUCAAGUGUUUUUAAGUGUGUGUGUUCUAACAAGCUUGUCAUCAAUUCUCCACAUCAAUGGAAUAGUGUUGAACAAACAUCUGAUGCUACUGAUGAGUUACAAUAUAUUGCUGUAGAAUGCUUUUCAGAAAACAGCUUUAAGAAUAUUGACAGAUCAAGAUUUAACUUUAAAUGAUCAGAAAGAAAAUUAUUAAAUAAAAAAAAUCAUUUAAAAAACAAAAAUCAUUUAAAUUCUUCCUCUGAAAUUGAAAAAAAAAAAAAAAAUACAGACCAGCAGCUGUUAAAAUAAUUGAUUCAUCUCCUUUUCGUAUCCAAUUAUUCAGAAAUAAUUCAUUCCAUUUGAUUACAGGUUUGAAAAACAGCUGUCAAGGAAAUUAUUUGCUCAAAUAUUUUUUGUUUACAUUACUUUCUGUUAAUUAUACAAUUUUAGUUUAUUUUUUGUUAUAGUAGAAUAUACUGAUUAUUCCUGAUAUUGUGCGCAUGUAACCAGAGCUGAUCACUGGCCAACUGUACCAUCUUGGGUUCAUGUAGAGUUUUUGGAAAUAAACAUUUAUAUUAUUAGACUCAA